UGAAACUUUAUUAUAACACAAAUAGUUGAUAUGAGCAAUAAAACAAAUUGUUUUAAAGAAAAAAAAUACGCUCAAAAAUAUUCGAAGCAAUGGGAACAAGACGAAAACUUAAAAGAUUGGAUAGCUCCUGAUCCUACUGGUAACUGUCAAAAAGCUUAUUGUAAAUAUUGCCGUACUAUUUUAGUACCACAUAAAAAAGAUUUAGGCAAGCAUGCGAUAUCAAUUAAACAUAAAAAUGCUGUUGAUAAAGAUAAACAAGCAAAAUUAUGUCGUCCAAUAAACGUGAUAAAACCUCCUAACAAUAAAGUUAAAGUUGCUGAACUUCAACUAGCCGCAUUUAUAGCAGAACAUACAUCAAUUAUCACAGUUGAUCACUUGACAGAAUUGUUGAAAAAAAUUGAACCGGAUUCGGAUGUUUUUAGGAAGAUGAAAUUCCCUACUCACUUAUUAUUGAUAAAAGCACUGUUAUAUCGACUGAAAAAAUUCUAUACAUAAUGGUACGAUAUUUUUCUUGUAAAAAGAAAAAAUUAUUGACUACAUUUUAUCGUAUUGUAAAAAUAGUUGACGCAACUGCUAAUGGUAUUCAUUCGGCUUUAAAAUUACAAUUAGAAGCUGAUGGACUUUCUUUAAAAAAUUUAGUCGGUAUUGGAGUUGAUGGUGCAAAUUUGAUGGUCGGUGUGAACCAUUCUGUUUCAUCACUUUUGAAAUAAGAAGUACCUGAUAUUGUAAUUAUCAAAUGUAUCUGUCACUCUCUCCAUUUGUGCGCUGAAAAAUCUGCAGAAAUAUUACCUCGCCAACUAGAAUAUCUUGUCAGAGAAGCUCACAAUUGGUUUUCCAAUAGUCCAAAGCGUAAGGAUGAAUAUAAAAAACUUUAUAAAUAGUCAUGAAUGGUGAUGAAGCUAAAAAGGAUCCGAAAAAAAUUGCUGGUCUGAGCGGGACUCGGUGGUUGGCUAGAUACUCUGCAAUUAAUACUAUUUUAGAGCAAUGGGAAGAGUUAAAACUACUAUUUGAAUUAGCUAAAAAUAAUGACAAAUGUUUACAAGCACAGUACUUAUAUGAUAUUAUGGUUUGUCCAGCGUAUAAAUUUUUGUUAUAUAAGAGUAUUCUGCAGAAAAUUGUGGUUCCAUCUCAACUGCAGAAAAUUAAGGACGACGAUCUAGUUAAUUUUAAAUUUCAAGACUAUCUAAUGCAUACAUCAUCAGUUUUUUUUGGAUACAACUUUGAUCAAGCAGCUAAAUCAGUGCCAUCAAAUGAAAUAUCUAAUAUUCGAGCUCGGUGUAAAGAUUUUUUAGUGAAACUAUGUACUGAAAUUCAGGAACGAUUGCCUAUGAAUAUUUCUAUAUUGAAAUCAAUGAAUGUCUUGACACCAACUUACGCUACAUCACAGAAAAAACCUGAUUUAUCCAAAUUGUUGGAACAAUUCACUAGAGAAUCAUUGUAUGGAUCAAAAGAUAAUAUUAUCAAAGAAUGGAACAUGCUAUCUCAUAAACAGUGGGAUAAUACGAAUGAAACAGUAUCAUUUUGGUCAGAAGUUUACGAGGAUCGUGAUUCAGGCGGUAAUAGAAGAUUUGAAAAUGUUUCUAAAUUUGCUUUAGCACUGUUAACUACUCCCAUUUCAAAUGCUGAUGUUGAGAGAGCAUUUUCCAUAUAUGCUGUGAUAAAGGAUAAAUUAACCCUUCCGCACUCUCGCUAUGAGAUUUUCUCUCACGAUCAUCAAUAACUCAAAUUUUCUUUCAAAUU